AUGUCCGCUGUUGCUCCAUACUUGAAGACCAUUGCUUCUAGAAGAACUAUCUACGCUCUAAAGCCAGAAUUGCCAUCCGGUGUUACUAUCAAUGACGUUCAAUCUACCAUCCAAGCUAUCGUCAAGGAAACUCCAACUGCUUUCAACUCUCAAGUUAACCGUGCUGUUAUCUUGACCGGUGAAACCCACAAGAAGGUCUGGGACAGUGUUGCUAACGCCAUUGCCGACCCAGCUGGUAAGAAGAGACCAGAAUCUGUCAGAGAUGAAGCUUACGGUUCCGUUAUCUUCUUCACUGAUGACAAGACCACCGAAAAGCUACAAGCUGACUUCCCAGCUUGGUCUGCCGCUUUCCCACAAUUCGCUGACCACGCCUCUGGUGCCGCUCAAAUCAACUCAUGGGCUGCUUUGGAAGCUUUGGGUCUAGGUGGUCACCUACAACAUUACAACGGUUACGUUAAGGCUGCUUUGCCAUCCAAGAUCCCAGCCUCUUGGUCCGUUCACUCUCAAUUGGUCUUCGGUGCUCCAGGUGCUGCUCCAGGUGAGAAGACUUACAUUGACAACGAAGUCGAAAUCUUCAACUAA